AUGGCAAAAAAUACCAGAGCUGCAGCAAGAUUAUAUAAAACCCGAUAUCCUGAUCGUCCUUGUCCAGAACAUACAAGAUUUUAUAUUCUGUACAAAAAUCUGCAAAAAUACGGAAGUUUUAUAAAACCAAAAAGUAGAGUUUCGACAGUCAUCAAUGUCGAUAAUUCAUUUUCGGUGUUGGCCAAAUUUAUUGAAAAUCCUCAUAUUUCUUUGAGAACUGUAGCAGAUGAAUUAAACAUGACAUAUUCUUCGGUUCAAAGAAUUGCCAAACAAAAUAAAUACCAUGCAUACCUGGCUAAUCCUGUUCAGCAGCUCUUAGCAAGUGAUUAUGAAAGGCGACUCAAUUUUAUUGCACAUUGCAUGGUAAAAUUAGAAGAGGAUCCUCAAUUUUUAACAAAUAUCCUUUGGACUGAUGAGGCGAAAUUUCACAAUAAUGGACAAGUAAACCACCACAACAAUCACUAUUGGAAUCAUUCAAAUCCCCACUGGAUAAAUGAGACCAAUAAGCAAGUUCGUUGGGGUGUGAAUGUCUGGUGUGGGAUUAUUGAUGAACAUUUAAUUGGUCCAUAUUUUUUCGAGGAAAAUCUUAAUGGCAAUAAGUAUCUUGGUUUUUUGAAAAAUGAUGAACUAUUGGAUAAUACUAUUGGAAAAUAUUUCACUUCAACAGCGUUUGAAUUUGAUUUGGCAGCAAGAUGGUGCACCAGCACAUAA